GUUAGUUUGUUUCCCAAAAAAAUGAAUUAUCUUAAACAACCAAAUCAAAUUAACCAAACUAACUAACGAAGGUAUCAGAAUUAAUUGGAAACCGAGAAUAUUAUAACCGAAAAAAACCCGAAACCGCAUUGAUACCCUCUCAAUGAUUCCUAUAAAAACAUCAUCAUCCUUUAAUCAAAAACUGCAUACGCAAGCACAAAAGCUCAGAGAGAGAAAAACCGAUUAGAUUCCGUGUCUGAGUAGACUUUCUCUCCUUCCUUGCAAAGCUUACGACUUUAAAGAUUAAUAGAAUCUGCCUCAUUUCACUCUGCUCACGUAGCUUCUUCCCAAGAGAACUCAAGUGUGUACGCCUCUUUAUCUUCUAUAGAAUCAAACCGAACUUUCUACUUUUAGCAUAAAGCUCAACUUUUUAAACUUUACUCUGUUUUCUCUCUGGGAACACCAUUCGUGUAGUUGUCGUCUCUGUUUUUGUAUUGUCUUAAGGUCUGUCUGUAACUCUGAACUUUACUCCCUUCUUUGUCUUUGCUCUGUUUUUUAUCGCCGCAUGUAGUUGUCGUCUCUGUUUUUGAAUUGUCUAUGUUCUGUCUCAAACUCUCAACUUUGGUCUCUUUACUAUUAAAGUUUUGAACUUUUACAAUUCUGUGAGACUGGACUUCUUGUUUUAACUCUUUUGUCUUUAUUUUCCUGCGGUGAGUUUUGUCUUCUUCGAAGUCAAUUAGUUAAUUUGAUUUUGUGUCGUCUUCUUUGUUGUAGGAUACUGGUGGAGGUUUCAACUUUCAAGCAUCUCUUUUUGUAAUCAAAGAUCCUGUCUGUUUGAAUCAAAAUCAAUACUUGUUAAUCAUCAACGAGAUGGAACAACACCCUUUUGCUUCCAGAGAAAAUGGGUUUGGCUAUCAAGAGCAUAUGGAUGGUUUAACCAUUGGUUCUGGUGUUUGGAGUUUCAUCUCUGAUGACAUGCUCAACUCCUCUCCCACCUCUGAGCUUAUGAAUUUCAAUUCUUUCCCCACAUGGUGCAAUGUCCCUUUUGACACUGACAUGUUGUUCUCCCAGUAUGGUCAAGAAAUGAGUUCUCGGAGUCAUCAUCACUCAUUCGAUAUCGAUGAGCUAAGUGGUAAACGACGCAGUGUACUGAACUGUACUAUCCCCAGGUCUUUGAGCCACUCGUUAGACGAGAAGAUGCUAAAGGCACUAAGCUUGUUUAUGCAGUUCUCAGGUUCAGGAGACGGCGUUUUAGCACAAGUCUGGACUCCUGUCAAGACAGGAGACCAGAACAUGCUCAGCACAUGUGGUCGAGCCUAUCUGCUUGACCCGAGGCUCUCUCAGUACCGUGAGGUCUCAAGGAAAUUCACUUUUGCUUCCAAACCAAAUCAAUCUUCUUAUCCGGGUCUCCCUGGGAGAGUCUUCAUCUCUGGAGUGCGCGAGUGGACACCAAACGUGAUGUACUACAAGAAGGAUGAGUAUCUGCGUGUGAAGCACGCAAUAGAUAAUGAAGUCCGUGGCUCCAUUGCCAUACCUAUCCUUGAAGCAACGGGGACAUCUUGUUGUGCUGUCAUGGAGCUUGUCACAUUCGAUGAGAAGCUCAGUUUUGAUGUGGAGAUGGACUCUGUUUGCCGUGCUCUCCAGGUGGAUUCUCUUUCUCUCUAUCUCUCCUCCUCGCUUUUAAUUCUAUUGGCUUAUGCUGUAGACUUAAGGACAUCAGUGGUCCCUCGUCCUCAGUACCUUUCAAGUAAUCAAAGAGACGCCUUAGCUGAAAUACAAGAUGUUCUGCGAGCACUAUGUCAUGCACACAAGUUGCCUCUAGCUCUAACCUGGAUCCCAAACUCAGGUGUUCUUUGCGUUGAGGAGACAGCUUGUUAUGUGAAUGAUAUGGAGAUGGAAGGCUUUGUCCACGCAUGUGUGGAUCAUCCUCUAAGAGAAAAGGAAGGUAUCGUUGGCAAAGCUUUUGUAUCCAACCAACCGUCCUUUUCUUCUGAUGUGAAGGCGUAUGACAUCAGUGAAUACCCUCUUGUCCAUCACGCUAGAAAGUAUGGUCUCAAUGCUGCUGUUGCUAUAAAACUGAGGAGCACUUACACUGGUGAAGAUGAUUACAUACUUGAACUUUUCUUGCCUUUAAGUUUGAAAGGAAGCUUGGAACAGCAACUUUUAUUAGACAGCCUUGAAGGUACUUUGCAGAGAGUUUGUCGAACUCUGAGAACUGUUUCAGAUGUUGUGGGGGAAACUAACUCUACCACAAGCAUAUUUUCUGAUAAGUCAUCUGAUAAAGAUAGUACAGGCUCUCAAGGCACUUGUGAGCAGGAUAUGAGCAAAGCUAGAACAGCAGAGAGGACGAAAGGCGCCACAGAGAGGAAUGUGAGCUUAAGAGUUCUCCAACAACAUUUCUCUGGGAGUCUUAAGGAUGCUGCAAGAAGCAUUGGUGUUUGUCCCACUACACUGAAACGGAUAUGCAGACAACAUGGGAUCAUGAGGUGGCCAUCUCGUAAGAUCAACAAAGUGAAUAGAUCGCUAAGGAAAAUACAGACUGUGCUUGACUCUGUCCAUGGUAUUGAAGGAGGACUGAGGUUUGACUCAGCAACGGGAGAGUUUGUUGCAGUUUGCUCUUCCAAUGGUAACAAUGCACAUGUUAUGGCUGAGGAUGCCUCAUGUGAGCUCUUGAAACCUGAAUCAGUCAACAAUACAAUUAAGUUAGAGGAUGAUAUCAUCACAAACGGAUCAUUCAUGGAGGUUAAUGCUAGUGAUCAGCCAUGUGCUUUGAAGGCUGAACAGUCUGGCUUCAAUGGCAGCUCUCAGGAAAUUGCAAGUGGCAAUAUUAUUGAGCCUAACCGGUCCAUGUCAGAUUCAUCACAUGGCUCAGGAGCAGUUAUGCUUAGAAGCUCAUCUCCUUCUAUGGACGAUAGGAACCAAAGGAGAGCACACAAAAGCAAUAGCAGCGAGAGUGGAUCAGCAACGCUCACUGUAAAGGCCACUUACAGAGAAGACACAACACGUUUCAAGUUCGAUCCAUCUGUUGGGUGUCUGCAGCUCUACAAAGAAGUUGGGAAACGCUUUAGACUGCAAGAAGGGUUGUUUCAGCUCAAGUAUUUUGACGAUGAAGAGGAAUGGGUGAUGCUGGUUACAGAUUCUGAUCUCCAAGAGUGUUUGGAGAUGUUAGUUGGUAUGAAAAAACAGACGGUGAAGUUUCUUGUUCGUGAUUUGCCAGCUGCUCGUAUAGGUAGUUCUGCUGGUAGCAGUGGUUACCUAGGAGCAGGUUUAUAACACCUACUGCUCAGUUAUGUCUUCUCCUGUGAAAGAAUGUUGUUGUUUUUUUGUCAACGAAAGAAUGUUGUUUAGUUCUCGGUACAUUAAUUUGCUUGUAGAAAAAGGCAUGAGUGGGAAAUGUAAUUUUGGUAUUAGUGUGGAUCAUGAUAUUGAUAUUGUA